AUGUCCUUCCCAAGAGGGGGCCAAGGCCUCACUGCCGAGAUCGACCGCUAUGAGGUCGUGGAGGAGCAAGUGGACCCGGAGAAUAUGUUUGCCAAAGGCUUGGGAGUCAUCAAAGCCCGCAUCUCUUUGUUGAGUCAGAGCACGCAUGUGCAGUACAACAUCCGAGUGCAUCAAGACGGCAAGUAUCACAUGGUGCAAAAGCGCUUCUCGGAUUUCGUGACUUUGCACGACUUCCUGAAGAUGCAGUUUGGGUCCAACUUGCCCAUGGAGCUGCCCAGCAAGACGCCGAUGAGGUAUUUCAAUCAAGACAAGAUCGAGAACCGCAAGCACGCGCUGAAUGCCUACCUCAGGGAGCUGUGCCGCAGACAGGAGAUGACUCAACUGCUGGAAGUGCAGCGGUUCUUCGGAUGCCAGACGGCUCCAGUGCCGGUGUCCACCACGCCAGCCGCGCCUGCGUACCAGGGCUAUUCUGCCUCCACGCGCGAGCCGGUCCCCAUCGUCGUCGGGGCUGCGCCUGGAAAGCCCGUCGCGCGCAGCGACUCGGAGGAUGACCUCACAGGGUGGGAGCGCUGA